CGGGAUGACCUGGGCUCUAACAUCCACCUCUUGAAGGGGCUCAACGUGCGCUUCCGCUGCUUCCUGGCCAAGGUGCACGAGCUGGAGAGGCGCAACCGGCUGCUGGAAAAGCAGCUGGAGCAACAGCAGAGCGAACGCGAGCGGCGGCUGCGCUACAAGACACCGCAUGUUAUGAUUAUCUCCAUUUUGCAGAUAAGGAGACUAAGAACUAAAUUAUAUAAUUUGUCUAAGAUCAUGCAACUAGUAAGUGUGAAACCCUCUGCGUGUUUCUUCUCUCUGAUUUGGGAAUUAUUCCCAGAGUCCACUAGUGUUAAUAAACGGGGUCCCUCCCUUUCUCUAGGAAGCAUGCUUGGUAUUCUUUGGUCUUCUGAAACACAACAACUUCUCAUUUUACCCCCCGGCGGCGGCUCUCACCCGCAGCUCUAUGGCCGCUUGCCUGGGACCAUCUGGAGCUACACGCAGGUGCGGCGCACGGGCGGCGGCGGCGUGGAGACAGUGCAGGGCCCCGGCGUGUCGUGGGUGCACCCCGACGGCGUGGGAGUGCAGAUCGACACCAUCACGCCCGAGAUCCGUGCACUCUACAACGUGCUGGCCAAGGUGAAACGCGAGCGCGACGAGUACAAGCGGAGAUGGGAGGAGGAGCUGGCCAAGAGCAUGAACCUGCAGACCAUGGUGGACACGCUGAAGGAGGCGGCGCAGGAGGCCGAAGCCAUCCAGGAGGAGAUGAACGAGACGAUCGAGAGGCUGAAGGCCGAGCUGGUGGUGUUUAAGGGGCUCAUGAGUGAUCCCAUGACAGACCUGGACACAAAGAUCCAAGAAAAGGCCAUGAAGGUGGACAUGGACAUCUGCCGCCGAAUCGAUAUCACGGCCAAGCUGUGCGAUGUCGCACAGCAGCGGAACUCGGAAGACGUGUCCAAGAUCUUCCAGGUGGUCCCCAAAAAGAAAGAGCGUAAGGUGACUUCGGACGAUGACAUCUCUGAGCAGGACGGGGAGGUGAACCGGUUCUCGGAUGAAGAGGUCGGCUCUGUGAACAUCACAGACGAGAUGAAGCGCAUGUUUAACCAGCUGCGGGAGACCUUUGACUUCGACGAUGACUGCGACAGCCUGACGUGGGAGGAGAAUGAAGACACACUGCUGCUCUGGGAGGACUUCACCAACUGCAACCCAAGUAUCGACCUGCAGGGCGAGCAAGAGGAAAACUUGGGCAACUUGAUCCAUGAGACAGAAUCCUUCUUCAAGACGAGAGACAAGGAGUACCAGGAAACGAUAGGCCAGAUCGAGCUGGAGCUGGCCACAGCCAAGAGCGACAUGAACCGACACUUGCAUGAAUACAUGGAGAUGUGCAGCAUGAAGCGUGGCCUGGACGUGCAGAUGGAGACCUGCCGCCGGCUCAUCAAAGGCUCCGCAGCCAGGAAUUCCCCAUCCCCCAGCUCCGUGGCCAGCAGCGACUCAGGAAGUACAGACGAGAUCCAGGACGAGUUUGAGCGGGAGGCGGACGUGGAGCCCAUGGUCAGCUGAUGGCUGAGGCCCCCGUGCCUGGUGGUCUUGGUGAUGGGGCCUCUGCCCCUUCUCCCCACGAGGCCAGGAAGUCUCCUCGGAGUGGGGCUCCGGUCCUCACCACACGGACGUCCUCUGCCCUCCCUUCUCUGGAGGCCCCAAGGGACCGCUGCUUCCUUCCUCCCUUCCACUCACCAUCCACCCGUGCCCCUCUCCAUCCACCCACCCACGGAAUGGUGCUCUCAAUUUCUACUCUCCACGUUACCAAUGCAGACUUCUGUCCAGAUGAUGCCGUGUGAACCGUGCCUUUUCCCUUAAGCUGAGCCACUUUGAGCUCCAAAGAAUUAUUCGUAGCAGGUGUUUUUAUACAAAACUCUAAGGUGAGGGCGGGGCCCCGGUGUGGCAGAUUCUGGUUUUCUACCCUCCCACCUGCUCCUCCGAUUGGCUAUGACCUAUGCCCUCCCGUCCUCUGCUGGCCAGCACUGAUGGAGUGGGGCUUGGGGCGGUCCACGUCCACCCAGGACGGAGCUGUUUGCCUCUGCGAACCUUCCACGCCUGGGUGCCGACCUCCCAAGGGUUUUUUUCACUUACCAAAAGGGGAAAAAAGAUGGAAGGAGGGAGGGAAGACAAAUUCUUAGUUUCUUUUCGGAUCGAGUGGCACAGUGGAGGGACAAGGCACUGUGGGGGAAGGUGGAGCCUCACUGUGUUUAAACUACUAUGCAAAAAACAAAACAAACAAAAAAAGCAGCUUGCCUUAUAUAUUGUGGAAGGGAGGCCUCUCCCAGACUCAGGGUUUUCCCGUGGAGCUGGGAGGGAGGCCGCCGCUAGGGCCAUGUCUCUUGCAGCCUGUGAGGGGGUUCGGUCAAGGUCAGCAGAGGCCUGGGUCCUGCAAAGCCCUUGGCCCACCUGACUGUUUCCUUUCUUGGGACCUCUGUGCGUUGGGGGCGGGGGCGGGGGUCUUUUAUUGCCCUGAUGACUUGAUGUUUCCCCUCUGUUUCCAGCCGACUGUAAGGGGUUGGGGUCUGUAAUUUCUCUGUGAGAAAGCCUGAAGGGAGCCAGGCCUGCGUCACCCCUUCCCCAGUGGAGCCGGGUCAGGCCCGCCUGCUACCAUCUUGGUUCUCCACUGUGCCCAGUCACCCACUGUCGGGCCACUGGCAGGCACUGGGAAGGGAAGGGACGAGGAGGGAGCAAUGAGGGCUGCUGGCAGGUUGGAGGUGGCAGGAGGCGGCGCUCAGGCGAGAACCAUCCUUGUUUGACAUCUGCCAGCUUCUUUCCGUACUUAACUGACCCGUGGGGAGUAACUGAGCCAGUCUCUCCCACGGCCUGAGUGGGCCUGCGUUGGAGAGCGCUGCGUGAGGCCACCCGCCAAGUCCCAGCUUGGAGCCAGCUGACCAGGCUUUGCUUUUUUUCUUUUUUUUAAGUUUUUUUGUCCCCACUCCUGUGGGUAUGUUUGGCGAGUUUUGUUUUUGUUGGCCCAGCAGCUCCCCCUGGAGGUCAAAGAGCACACUGAGCCCGAGGACCAGCGCUCUGUACCUCCGGGGCUUAUGGCUCUUGGCACAAGAGGGGUUCUGGCUUCCGGUAGGUUGUGCCCCCCAGUCUUUCCUCCCCAGGGUACCAACCACCUCGAAGGGCCUUCUUUCUCUUCUGUUUCCCCUCCCUGUUUUGCAGUCUUAAAACCAUUGUACAUAAUAGUCACAUAAUAUAUAUAUAUAUGGAGAGAGAGAGAGCAAGCGUGUUAGUGACAGUGUGUUCUUUUUAUUUAUCACAACUUGGUGGCCUUUAUGGUUUUUUCCUAAUUUUCGUUUUUGUUGGGCGAAUCGUUCUGUUCCCCGUGGCCGUGUGGCCACGUGCCCAGCGAGAGGCGUCCGUGCCCAGCGUCUCCCAUUAGCGAACAGGCCCUUGGCAGGUACUAGGGGGGCGAUGGCUUCGGAGGAGGGCGGCCCCUCCCCCUCCUCCUUACCGACCCUUGUUCUAAAGGUUACAGGGUUCAAACGUACCUGGUGAUUAUUGCCGUUAUUGUUCUUGUCGUUUUAGUUUAGCUUUAUUUUAACCAAAGGUUAUCAGAGCCAGUUGGGCUUGGACCUCAGCUGCUAAAAAGAUUUUCCGUUUCCAGGAGGGCGGGGAGAUGACCCUGCAGGCCUCCGCCGUCCAGGGCUAAGGGAGAUGGUGCAUGGUGUGGGCAGACCGGCAGAGUGGAAGCUGGACCUGGGUGGUUCCUCCAGGUGGUGGUCGGGGGGUGGGGGCGGACAGGCCUAUCGUUAUAAAUAUGACAGUAAGGCAACAGUGUAUUUUGGGGGUAACUAAGGUGAUUGGUGUCCAGUGGUAUUAUUUUUUCUUUCCCCUUUGUAGACAUUUGUCACUGGGGACUAGAGGACCCUGAAUUUGUCCAAGGACUAUAGAAAUGGCAGGAGCCAGAGGCAGACACUGGCUGAGAAGUGUCCUCCCUGCUGGGGAGCUGGGAUUUGGGGCAGGUGGACGGGGCAGGGACUGCAAGGAUGUGGCCCACCUGCUUCCUGGGCAGGGUCCUGGGUCCUGGCCUGGCUGCCUCCCUCCCCACCAAGUUCUUCUCUGAGUUAGUUGCCAGUGGGCCCUGCUUGUCCCCUGCCACGAGCCCACAGCUUGCCAAGAAAGACCCCAACAUUCGCUGAGGCAGCACCGGGUCCAGAGGGGACACGCUGGUCCGUCCUUUGUAAAGCUGUAAAUACUUAAUUUUGGUUUCUACUUCUAAGCCCAGUGUCAUAUUGACAUUGGUAUUUUAGAUGGUUCUCAGAUGGGCUCUCCUGUGCUGCCCGCUCUCACCCUCCUAUUUUUGGGGGUUUUAUAAGAGAGAAUUGGGGAGGGGCAGGAUGGGGAAUUCCUUGGUUGUGGAACACACACACACACACACACACACACACUCCUCUGAGAGUCCGAACAGGGGAACAAAUUCUUGGCAAGUGAACACAUUUUGUUUUCUUGCGGCAAUAUGUCCUGAUGGACGGGUCUCUGAAGGGCCAGUCCAUCGCACACUUAGCUCUGUGGGUGCAGCUCAGAUGAUUUAGGGAGAAUCAAACCUCUUCGAUUUGGGAUGAGGGAGAAGGAGAUGGGUAGGGGAUAAUAUAAGGUAUAACUUAAGCUAAAUGUAACCUAUUUAUAAAGCAAGAGACUCUCAUCUAUUUUUAUGAAAGCAAAGGUUUUGUAAUCUAGGCUAGGCAGUUGUGGUGGCCCAGCAUUUUUCCGUGGGCACGGUGCAUGUUGCUGCUGGAUUUCAUAUAAUCGGUACCCCCACCCUGUCUCCCUGUCCUCACCGCCUACUCUCCACACCCAUGAGCCGGCUUCGGCAGAGCAUGGGCCCCACCUCACCCCAGUUCCCUUGUUCCCUGAUCCCGCAGCUCCUGGGUCCUUGGAAGUCUUAUGGGGGGAGGGCGCUUGUGGGA